CAUCAAAAUCAAAAUUGUCUUCGCCAUUGCUACGUCCAAUUUUGUUCCUAUUCCUUUCGGACAUUGGACAUUUCUUUGUAUAUUACCUUGUUCUUUAUUAUUUUUAAGUGAUUUUCGGACACACCGGAUACUGUGUAAUAAAACUCAUGUGAUUAAUAUUGAUAUUGUUGUGAGUAAAGACUUUAAAAAGUGCUCAAUACGCUAAAAUCGCGGCCAAUGUCAGCAGGCGUGUCAGAUCAGCGGAUGAAAGGGCAAGGGAACCAAGUGACAAAUGUACCAAAGGAGCAACAGUUAGAGAGUGGCGGGGACGAGUUGGCGGAGGUAUCAUGGCGUCACCAGCAGCAGCCGUCGUAUGCACCACCCAUUUCGUCAGCGGCCGACCCCUACAAUGCGGCAGGUUAUUAUGGCACAACAGCUCUUCCUUAUCAGGCAUUCGGAGUUGGGGAUGGAACAUGGUCCACCAAUGGAACAGACCCAAUGACUUUUCUCGGAGGAUACAAUCCUCACGAAUCUUAUGGCAUGGACGGUAGUGUAUUCGGACCAUCGAACACUCCAUUCUCAACAGCUGCGUUCGGUCAGCCUUCAACAUUUAAUUAUUUUCCCGGAAACGGUGACUACUCUACUUGGGGUCAAUUAGGUCGUGCGAAACAGUACGAUGAUUACUAUAGGAACGAUGGGCUGUACGUGCCCGACGGAGUCAAGGCGGUGGAGACGGGCGUGCAGGCGCUGUCGCUCGGGGAGCACAACAAGGUGGACAAAGACCGAACGCCCGAGCUCAAGGACGUUUCGGGCGGAUCGCAACCCAAAAAGAUGACGUGGGCCUCCAUAGCCAGUCAACCGGCUAAGCCCGCCCCGUCCUUGCAGACGGGAGGGCUCAAAAAGAAGGGACCAGGAAUGCCACCGCCGCCGAUAGUGCCUGGAAAGCAUAACAUGGACAUCAGUACAUGGGAUGCAGGGAAAAGCGCCCCCGUGGUGACGGCGCCCCCGCCGCCCCCGCUGCAGCCCCCGCCCGUGCCGGCCCCGCUGCCGAUGCCGCAGCAAGCGCCGGUGCCGCUGCCGGUGCCGGCUCCCGCGCCAUUGCCGCGCGGCCCGCCGCCACCGCACCAGCCGCCGCCCUCGUGGACGCACGCGCCGCGACCGCCGCCGCCGCACCAGCCGCGCCCGCCUAUGCCGGCGCCCCCGCCGCCCGUGCCGCCCGCCGCGCCCGCCCCGACGCCCGCCAACCCUGUACUAGAAGAGUUGCGUGUUAAAAACGAAUAUAAUCCGAAGGAAUUCGAUCUUAGCGCCCCUCUCGCUCGUUUCUUCGUCAUCAAGUCGUAUUCCGAGGACGACAUCCAUCGCAGCAUCAAAUACGAAAUCUGGUGCAGCACAGAACACGGCAACAAACGCCUCGACGCCGCGUUUCGCGACCGCGAGAGGGAGGGAGGCAUGAUCUACCUGUUUUUCUCAGUGAACGGCAGCGGCCACUUCUGCGGCAUGGCGCGCAUGAUCAGUGCGGUCGAUUACAAUUCGAACUCGAGUGUGUGGUCGCAGGACAAGUGGAAGGGACAGUUUCGCGUUAGGUGGAUAUACGUUAAAGACGUUCCCAAUGUUCAGCUGCGUCAUAUCAAACUAGAGAACAAUGAGAACAAACCGGUGACGAACUCUCGCGACACUCAGGAGGUUCCGCACGUCAAGGGUCUCCAAGUGCUACGUAUUAUGCAUAGUUACUGUCAUUCCACCUCCAUUUUUGACGACUUUAUACAUUACGAGAGACGCCAGGAGGAGGAGGACUCGCGCAAAGUCCCUCACCACAGCCCGCAGGACAACAGCCGCGAAGAACACGAAGGCGGUCGCGGCUAUCGCAAUUAUCGAGACUAUAGGGACCACCGCGACGGGCGGGACGGACGCGACGGGCGCGAUCAUCGCGACGGCCGCGACAACAGGGACCAUCGGGACGCGCGGGAACCUCGCGACCAUCGCGACUCCCGGGACCCGCGCGACCAUAGAGACGAUCGCGACGGGCGGGACAAUCGGGACCAUGGCGGCUAUCGCGAUAGGGACUCCGGCUACAGGCCCCACCACAAGGAUCGUGACGGUUCGCGCGGCCGAGGACGUCCUCGUAACUGACCGUACUCGGCGAGUGAGGAUGAUGUGAGGACUGGCUUCUCCCCAUAGACAACUAGCACUCGAGUGUAUAAUUGGUACCACAUUGCGAGACGUGUAUGUACUGGCAUACACAAAACUGGAAUGAGGAACCACAACGACGCGACUGGUCGAUCGCGUCGCAACUUGAACUAUUAUUGUAAAAAUAGAUUAUAUUAAUUGUUUUUGAACAGUGCUUUCGCUAAGAAAAAGAAACAUUCAACAAAUUUAAAUUGUGCUAAAUAAUAUUUUGUACUGGAAGAACGUUUAAUUAAAUAAUGACUAGUGAACAGAACAUUAAUUAAUUGUCAUAAAUUGUCAUGUGUUGGUUCCAUGUCACAUGAUGUGUGGAAUUGUGGACUUUGUUUCAAAUUUGUGGACUAAAUCAAUGGAAUAUAGUAAUUUUUAUAAAUAGAAAAUUCUGUGGUGAGAGGAGUUGCUCCUUUUGUUUAAGGACUGGUGAAUCGAAUGGGUAUGACGGUUUUGAUGACAUCGCUGCAGUGCAAUCGGUGUAGUGUUCAAACAGUACUUUAUAGAUCAGUGUGUUGCAAAAACUGUUUGUACUAAUUAUCUACGGACACUUGUAUGACUUUUAUAAUACAAGCAAAUGUAAUCGUGAGAUGUGCAUGGACAUUUUAUAUACAGUUUUAUAAUCAUACAGGAAUUCUCUCAUUAUAUACAUUUGUUUUAAUUUCAUAUGUUAAGUGCUACACGAUCUUAUUUUAAUCAUUAUAUUUUUUAUUUGUGACCCAACCUAACACAAAUUGUAUUGCAUUCACAAAAUCAUUGUAAACACCAAUUUUAUUAUCCCUUUGAUUUUUUUAAUUAGUGAUUUGAUUGUUCAUGUUUUUUAAACGUUUGUACAUAAUAUUAUGUAUUUUAAUAAAGGAAAAGUUGAAAUAUUUUCUACUAUUAAGAGCAACAAUAGUGUAACAAAGAGAAAUUGGUUGAAAUAUGUACAUUUUUUGCCAUUUAUAUUUUAUCUAUACAUAUUAUUUGUAUGUUUAAAUUCCCACCUUAAUUUUUAAAGUGCUUUUUGUCAUUUGUUAAACUUUCACUUUGGCAAUGUAAUCAUUUUUAUUAUUAUUUGUGUAGAAAAUUAAUUCAAAUGUGAAAUUAAUUGUAUUCAUAGCAUUACAUAUAAAAUUGAUUUUAAAUGCAAUAUUUGUAUUUGUUGUUACAAAAUAAGGAAAUGCUUGAGAUAAUGUAUUUUAUUUUUAUAAUAAAAUCGUAAACUGCAAAAUGCCACUAAACUUUGAAUAGCUGAUGUUCAUUUUCUGUAUUGUGCAGUGUUUGUUUAUUAUAAAGAAAUGUGAACUUGUAUUGAGUUCAAUAUGGAUACUGAAUUAAACUGUCAUAGACAUUGUUAA